CAGUAAAACGUUUUCCGGUAUUGCGUAAGGAGUCUAACAUCAGAGAAGGGUGUCUAUUUACCACCCUUCAGAACCACAAUGUCCGCAAUUAUUGCCCAACGAUUUCUGGGACAAACAAACACGUGCAGAAAAUGUUUAUUUUUAAAGUUGACCCGAAAUUUACCAAAUCGACGAUCCUCGGACUAUUCUGCUGUGAAUCUUGCCUAUGACUAUCAGCACCAGCCCCAGGGCAAUGUCAGUGGUCCCCCUCUGUUUAUCAUGCAUGGCUUAAUGGGGUCAUCCUCAAACUGGGCUUCCUUAUCAAAAGUUUUAGCAAGAACAGGUAGAAAGAUUAUAAGGUUAGAUGCUCGUAACCAUGGUGACAGUCCACACCAUGAAAAUAUGUCUUAUGAGGCAAUGUCCUUGGAUGUUUUGAAAGUAAUGGAUGACUUACAGAUAGAGAAAGCCUGCCUGAUGGGCCACAGUAUGGGAGGAAAAGUAUUUAUGACAACAGCCUUGCUUCAUCCUGAGCGAGUGUCUAGUCUUAUUGUGGUAGAUGUUUCUCCUGCCCCUAGUCCUGGUGCUAAAUAUUUCCCAAGCUACUUACAGUGUAUGUUGAAGAUCAGCACCAGGCUACCAGAGCUAGAGGGGAUGUCCCUGAGCAAGGCCAGGAUGGUUGUGGUAGAUGCACUCAAGGAGGUGGAAGAGCAUUUGGGUGUCCGUCAGUUUUUGGCAGCUAACCUGACCGAGGUGAAUGGUCGGUUAAAGUGGAGAGUGAACCUUGAUGCCAUUAUAAAUGACUAUCAGGAACUGGCCAGUUUUCCAAAGUUUGACACCAAGUAUGAAGGACCCACUUUGUUUGUUGGGGGAGAGAGAUCUCAAUACAUCAGUCCAAGUACAAAGCCUGAUAUAAUGAACCUAUUCCCUAAUGCUGUAAUAGAACACAUCCCACAAGCAGGGCAUUGGGUGCAUUCAGACAAUCCAAAAGAAUUCCUGCAGUGUGUUCUAAAAUUUCUCAAUGCUGAAGCCAAAAGACUGUCAUCUGAAAAUAUUCCAAGCUGAUUUUAGAAUGGUUUUCAUAUAUUUUUUUGAUUAUUCAGUGCCAAGAUAUAUAUGCUUUUAAUUAAAUGAAAACUUAUUUAGAGGUACCUCAUUUUUUUGUACAGGGGUAUGUUAUACAGUUUUACCUCAGUGCUUAUUGAUGCUGUUCAUGCAUUGUGUUGUUAUUAAAUAUUUUUGAGUUUUA